CCUCCUCACUCUCAGAUCUCGAUCCUCACCAGAAAACGAUUAAAUAAACUCACACUUUCUCUCUCUCUCUCUCUCUCUAGAGAAGAUAAAAAGAAAAAACUCAUUAUUCCCAUUUUGCCCUUACUCCCAAAGAAAUGGUUGAAGCUCAAUCAUGGACAACGCGGCGGAUGAGCAAUCCUAGAUUCGACGCCGCCGCAACCCCCGCACCAACCAUCGUAGACAUCCCCGGAACGCCUCCACACUCCUCGCCUCUCAAACCAUUCUUCCUCUCUUCCCCCACCGUAUCUCCAGCAAUCCUCACGGCGUCUAUAAUCGCAGCCUGGUUCGGCUCUAACAUAGGAGUCCUCCUCUUAAACAAAUACCUCCUCUUCUACUACGGUUUCCGUUACCCUAUCUUCCUCACCAUGACUCACAUGCUCUCCUGCGCCGCUUACAGCUCCGCCGUGAUCAACAUCGCCGGUAUCGUUCCACGUCAGCACAUCUUAUCUCGCCGUCAGUUCUUGAAGAUCCUCUCUUUAUCUGCCAUCUUUUGUCUCUCCGUCGUCUGCGGCAACACGUCGCUGCGUUACAUCCCUGUUUCGUUUAAUCAAGCCAUUGGAGCCACCACGCCCUUCUUCACCGCCGUGUUCUCUUUUCUCAUUACCUGUAAAACAGAGUCCACUGAAGUUUACUUGGCUCUUCUUCCCGUCGUCUCCGGCAUCGUUCUUGCUUCUAACUCUGAACCUUCUUUUCAUCUCUUUGGUUUCCUCAUCUGUGUUGCUUCCACCGCCGGCAGAGCUCUCAAAUCCGUCGUCCAGGGGAUAAUUCUGACGUCGGAAUCAGAGAAGCUGCAUUCGAUGAAUCUAUUGCUAUACAUGGCUCCAAUGGCGGCUUGUAUCUUACUACCAUUCACACUAUACAUAGAAGGAAACGUAUUAAGAAUCCUAAUAGAAAAGGCGAGGACGGAUCCACUGAUCAUCUUCUUGCUAGCCGGGAAUGCGACAGUGGCAUAUUUAGUGAACUUGACAAAUUUCUUGGUGACAAAGCACACAAGUGCUCUCACAUUGCAGGUUUUGGGGAACGGGAAAGCCGCGGUGGCUGCCGGAGUUUCGGUUCUGAUAUUUAGGAAUCCAGUCACGGUGAUGGGGAUUGCCGGGUUUGGCGUCACCAUUAUGGGAGUGGUUCUCUAUAGCGAAGCUAGGAAGAGAUCCAAAUUGCUUAACCAGAAGUGAAAAUAGAAAGUGAGAAGAAAAAGAAAGAUAUUGGAUUUUAAACCGGUGAAGUAAUUUUUAAUUUUUAAUUUUUCGGUUUAGUUUCUUGAUUCUUUGGAAUUCUGCUAUUUGUUUUUGAACCGGUUUGGUUCGUUUUGAGAGAGGGGACAAAUCAAUUUAAUUGUAAAUGGUUGAGAUUGGGGAAAAGAUAUGAAAUGGAAAAAAAAAGAGGGGAUAUAUAUAUAUAUUUAUAACAAAAGUGAAAAAGUAGGGGGCAUAAUUAAAGGAAAUAAGAUUGUAUAUUUUAUUUUA